GUCGGGUCGCCCGGUGGCUGCGCUCCUCUGCAGGGCUGCAGGGCUGCGCAGCUCAUGACUGACGGAGAGAUGAGGGGUGGGGACGCAGGGUGGGGUCACGAGCAGGGAGAGGCGGAGGAGGAAAAAGGCAGAGAGAGAGAGCCCAGCCCUUGAAUGCACGGCAACAACACCGCCGUCAGAGACACAAGAGAGGGGGAGAGACACACACAUACUCCGAGAGACCGGCUGUUUUUUGGGGGGAGCAACGGGAGCCUUCGACGCUGCGGAUAUGAACUGAAAAGAAAAACUGGAAGAGGCAGGGAUCGUGUUUCCUAUAACCCCCCCCCCCCCACACCCCAACAUUUGACUGUAAAAAGGUGGAAAACUAGCCCACCACCCCCAAAACAAGACCACCCCCCCCCCCAUUUCCCUCCCUCCACCAGUUCGUAUCCAGAUAGAGCUACACCCAAAAAGCCCCCCGACCGAACCCCCUCCUGCUCUUGCUGCUCCACCCCUCCGCCGCCGCACCGCUCCGGCAACCGAGAUGCACACGGAGACCCGUAACAAGAAAUGCCAGUCGACUCCUAAGCAGAGGAAGAGUGCGGUCGGCGCCCAGAAGAAGCUGAGGAGCGCGGCCAAGCAGAGCGCCCGGAGCCAGCAGCCGCCGCCAUCGCCGCCGGCAGCCCGGGGAGAGGAGGAGGAGGAGGAGGAGGAGGAGGAGAAAGAGAAGGAGAAGGAGGAGGAAGAAGAAGAGGAGGAGGAGCCGGCGACCAGGCCUCGGCCGCCGCAGGAAGAGGCGGGCGAGGAGGAGGAGCAGCAGCGACAGGAAGUGGCGACGCACUCCGUGAAGAAGAAGAAGAAGACGAAGAAGAAGGAGGAGGAGGAGAGCGGGACAGCCAUGCCCUCUGUGCAGGUCAAACCGGAGCCGGAGGAGAUGGAGUGCACGCGGGCCGACGUCGGUGACGACUGCUCGCAGCCGACGGACCUGAAGGUGAAGACGGAGGCGGCGUGCAAGACGGAGCCGUCCUCUCCGGAGCCGCGUCCGGCCGAGGACCAGACGGAGCCCGUCGACCUGUCGCUCAACAAGCCCCGCUCCUCCUCCUCGCUUCCCGCCUCCGCGGCGGGCCUCGCGGUCAACCCCGCCCCCAGCGGCAUCAUGACCCAGCCCGGCCUGUCGGCCACGCCGGUCACCUCCACCAUGCAGUCCAUUGGCUCCAUGGUCCUCUCCCCGGGCUCCAUCUUGGCCACUCAAGGCGCCGGGGGCCAGCAGAUCCUCCACGUCAUCCACACCAUCCCCUCGGUCAGCAUGCCCAGCAAGGUGGGCCAACUCCAGACCAUCCCCGUGGUGGUGCAGUCCCUGCCCGUGGUCUACACCACCAUGUCCACUGACGGCGUCGCCACGGCGGCCAUCACGGUGCCGCUCAUAGGGAGCGACGGGCGCUCAGAAGGAUCCGUUCGCAUAAAGCCGGGUUCGACGUCCCCGGUGGAGUAUCAGAGCGACAGCGACGCGGAGAGCGGCACGGAGUCGGGCUCGGCCUCCCUCAGCGCCCAGAGCCUCGACGCCGGGUGAGUGCUGCCCUCGGGGGCUCAGGCCUCCGCGAAGACGUUCUAAACUCUGAACU